UCGGGCAUCAGAUUCCGCGCUGAGCGUGCCAUGUUUUCCUCGUCACGCCUUGUGCGGUCGGUUCUCGUCUAUCAGUCCGUUCGCUUCCAACGAAUCUUUCUGCCCCGCGCUAGUCAACAACUUCUUGGCCUGGAAAAAGACAGAUUUCUCUUGCAGCGGUGUCGGUGGGGGUUUCUACGGCGAUUCAGGGAUGACGUGUCACGAGCAGGAGGUGGAGCAUCAUCACACCAUUUGCCAGCACACGCCACUGCUAGAAGCGGCGUAUGUCUGUGCCGUACACUGCUCGUGCGGAGCGCUUGUUACCUAUGAAAACAGACGAUUUCUCUAUCUCACGCGAGAUUACUACGACUGGCAGAGAACCAGUCCCGAAAUGUGCUCCUUAACUGACAGUCUCUAGCACUGACUGCUCCACUCACUCUUCCGGCAUGCCUGUCGCCCUUUUCCAUUGUGUCGAACACACACGGUCAUACCGCUCGGCGUGAGCGCACAUAUCAGCACAAGAAGUAGCGCGAAAGUGCCGGUAGGUCUAAGAAACUCACAAUCUUUAGAUGUUCACGUAACGCGAUGGAUUCGGGCGGGUCGAGGUCGGACAGAGCUGCGGACUGGGCAUCGGCUGUCGCCGAAUCUUUGAAAGCUUCCCAUUGAUAGCACGGAUGAUAGAUGACUGUUCGUCUGUCUGAGGGUUAUUUGUAUAACGGAUUAAGCGAUUCUAACCAAGCUGCCGACCGUUCACCCCAUUCGGUCAAUGCUGGAACCCCCAAACCCCAAGAAGAACUCAUAUUCAUGCGGUUUCCUGUUGGCGUCGUUCUGAAUGAUUUUGCUAAAGGUUCCCAGCAGGAUGUAUGCGCACUCACGGCGAAAGUCGAUUCUAGAACAUGUCUGAUGAACUGGAAUCAUUGCACCGGGCAAAGUUCCCGAACGCUGUACGGAAAAAAGCGCUGACUGACGUGCAAUACUUGUGAUUCUACGUAGCCAACAGCGUGGCUUUCCACCCCACAGUCGUUACUAGCGAUGAGCUAGACUCGUUUCUAUUGUGCGCAAUCUUUCCCGGCUACCCUUUGAUCGUCGAUGUGCGGAACCACUUGUCCCAAAAUAUCUUUUGAGGAUGUCGGGCUCGGCUUUCGUCUGUUAUCACAGGAAAACAAGCGGAAUUGCUCUCAAAGUUCUCCUGGAUGAAUUUACGUAUCCUUCCCGUUCCGGUCCACUGCGCGUGCCGCAAAGGCAUAAUCGAAGAGCCAGAUUACUCCGACCACGGGCCUCGGUAGGAGGACGCUGAAAGUACUCAAGUUGACGUUCUUU